CGGGCGGAGGAAGGACGGGGGAGGCUGGCGCCGGGCUGCAGCAGGGGCCGGCGUGGGCAGGGGCGCGCAUUGCGGAGUGGGGGGCACAGACCCCCCCCAGCAGGGUGGGGGGCUCGGCUGCAUGCCGGGGAGGGAAGGGAGCAGCGGAGAGGAGGUCAGACUAGAUGAUCAUGAUGGUCCCUUCUGGCCGUAAAGUCUAUGAGUCUCUGAGAUCUGCAGGGCACCGUCUUGCCUGGCACGGUGCCCCCUUCCUCUAGCACCACCGUGGGGCCCGCCUCGCCGUGCAGGGUAUCCACGCCCUCCGGGGACCCCCCAGCCACCCCUCCCCACUGGGCGCCAGGCAUGCCCGGGGACGCCGAGGAGAUCACCCGUUUGCGCAAGCCCCGCUUCUCCUACGAGGAGAACCAGAUCCUUAUCCAGGAGGUGCGCGCCCACUACACCAAGUUGUACGGUGCCCAGAGCCGGCAGGUGACGGUGGCCGAGCGCCGGCGCGUCUGGGAGGGCAUCGCCGCCAAGAUCAACGCCAUCACCAGCUGGAAGCGGACGGGCCAGGAGGUGCAGAAGCGCUGGAAUGACUUCAAGCGGCGCACCAAGGAGAAGCUGGCGCGGGUGCCCCACUCCACCCAGGGCGCUGGGGGAACGGCUGCCAGCGAGGAGACCUUCUCGGCGGAGGAGGAAACCAUCUUCGCCAUCCUGGGGCCCGGCGUGGUGAUGGGACCUGGUGGGGCCGAGCAGCACCCCACAGCCUUCGCCCACAGAUACCACCAUGGCUCUGAGACGCUGGCCGGGGGCAAGGUCUCCUCCAGCCCCGAGCCCUCGGUUCAGCCCCCCUGCUGCGCCCUGGACGGGGUCCUGCUGCGGCCCAAGGAGCGCGACUCGCCGGCGCCCCCCUCGGCCGAGCCCUCUCUGCAAAUCGUGCGGUUGGCACCCUCGCCGGCCAGGCUGGGCCGCCGGCCCCACCCGGGACACUCGCCCACAGAGCAGCCAUGCAGGGAGCGGCUCCCGGGCUCCCCGCCGCCCCGCCGCCGGCGCCCGCGCCCUGAGCCACCCCCGGAGCCCUCGCUGGAUCUCCUGGCUGCCCAACGGGAGACGGCCGAGGCCAUUCGCGACCUGACCUACACCGUGCACCACAGCCUGGACCGUCUCACCAACGUGGUAGCCGCCCUCCUGCCCCUCCUCCCGGCCCAGGGACCUGGCCUGGGCGCCCCCCGGGGGGGCCUCUUCCACCAGCAGGCGCCCGUCGGCUCCCCACUGCCAGCACCCCCCGCCAAGAGCCCACUCCCCGCCGAGACCUUCGCCGCCAAGGUGGAAAUGUCCCCUGAGCCGGCGGAGAAUGCGGGACAAUCCCAAGGGGUCCUCCCCGCCGAGGCCCACCCUUGCCGCAGCUCCCCGCCACUGAAGCGAAGGAAGGGGAUCCCCACUCGGAAGCGUAGGGGGCGCUGGAAGAAUCUGUGACUCCCCAGAGCCUGGGGCUCCCCCACAGAGGAUCCUGCCCCCCAAAGUAGGUGGGUGCAGGGCACCCGCCACGGGACAGCGAGAGUUCGGUCACUCGAAGGGAAGUUCUCCUGAAGCCCCCCCUCCCAUCCGAUUGUCCCACACACCCCACGGCGCAGGGGACGCCCCAUCUACUCCAACAGGGAGCGAGUCCCCCUCCGCCCCCGGGCUUUGCUACGAUGAGCCAAGUGGUCAGCAAAACCCUGGCAAAAGGGCUGAAUGUAUCUGCAGCUGGAAAUCGGAGACUGCCACAUCCUCUGCCCCAGCUCUACCGGUGCCUCCCACUCCCAACCCACAGGCCUCCGGGUUCCCCCCAGCUCUGCCGGUGCCCCUCACUCCUGACCCGCAGCCCCCUGCCAGCCCAGCCCUGCCCCCCCCAGCUCUGCCGGUGCCCCUCACUCCCGACCCACAGUCCAUCUGCUACUCCUGUAACUGGCCAAUGCCACUAAAUUGUGUCCGGGCAUGGCCAGGUUUAUAAAAUGGAUAAACUCUGUCCGGGAGUCGGGUGAGAUCCCCAACCCCCCAGGCCAGGACUGAGCCCCAGGGCUGCCCAGGGCAGGGAGGGGCGCUUGUUGCCUCCCUCCGGGGUCCCCCUUCAUUCCCCCCCCAGAUUUGUGUGUCUGUCUUGGUGAUGCCCUGGAGGGCUCCGACAACAUAACCCUCCCCCCCUCCAUGCCCCAAAGUCGGGAUCUGUGUCCAGGCUUCAUAUCCCAGGUCUGGGUUCAGAUCCAGCGUCCAGCCCAAGAUUUGGGGUCCCUCUUGGGGGGCCCACAGUCCCCCCCCCCCCCCCAAGCGACAGACCACGGCGGGGUGGGGGCUUUUAUUCCUCUGCUACCGAGGCGGCGGAGAGCAAAGAGUUAAUGGUCCCAAGUGUGUGUGUUUGUGGGGGGGGGGGUGAUUUCAGCACACAUGACCGGACGGGGCGGGUGUCAAAUCUAGCCCCUCCUUCCUGCGUCACAUCCCCUUAAGGUCACCCCGGGGGGGGGAGGGGGCAGUGGCAGACACCCCAGGGCCCCUGCCUGGGAAGGCGCCGCUCGGGACUGCCCGUUCGCAGCUCUUGGUCCAGACCCCUCCGGGCUGCAAAUAUCCCACCCCCCACCAGGGACACGCAAUAAACUAUUUUCAUACUGAACCCUGCGACCUGUGGGGCGUCUUCGCGG